AACUCUAUCUACCCCAUCCACCAAAAAUUCUCCUAAGAAAAAAAAUCUUCCUCUCCACUCUAUAUUAAUCUCUCUUUUUCAAGAGUCCCAAAUGGCACCCAAGGCCGAGAAGAAGCCGGCGGAGAAGAAGCCAGCCGCAGCAGAGAAAGCACCAGCGGAGAAGAAGCCAAGGGCAGAGAAGAAAUUGCCCAAAGAAGGAGCUAGCGACAAGAAGAAGAAGAGGACCAAGAAGAAUGUGGAGACUUACAAGAUCUACAUCUUCAAGGUCUUGAAACAAGUCCACCCUGAUAUUGGGAUCUCAAGCAAAGCUAUGGGUAUCAUGAACAGUUUCAUCAAUGAUAUCUUUGAGAAGCUUGCUCAAGAGUCUUCAAGGCUUGCUAGGUAUAACAAGAAGCCCACCAUUACCUCUCGGGAGAUCCAGACUGCUGUCAGAUUGGUUUUGCCUGGAGAGCUUGCUAAGCAUGCUGUUUCUGAAGGGACUAAGGCUGUUACCAAGUUCACUAGCUCUUAGGUGGUUAGUGCUUGUUGGGCUUUUGCGGAAUUAGGAUUUAUGUUUGAUGUAAAGGUUGUUUAGGUCCUGAUCUGAACAAAAUCCAUGUAGUUUCUUUUGUUCUAAUCAAUGAAGCUUAGUCUUAGCUCC